AUGGCCCCUGACAAGAAGGAAAAGAAGCGAAAGGCGGCCACGGCCACUGACCCGCCCGCGAAAAAAACCAAGAAGGCCGAGGCCAAAACCUCCGAGGCCACCAAGGAGACCGCCCCCAAGCCUGUCACCAAAAAGAAGCAGAAUGCCACCGAGAAGCCACACCAGGAUAAGACUGACUCGGCUGUGAAGGCCAAUGCCGAGUCCACUCGCCACGCCAAGCCUCGCAAGCGCGCUGCUGACUUCCUCAGCGACGAGGAGAGCGAUGAGGCUGCCGCGCCUGCUAAGACCGCUUCCCAGAAGAAGGCUGGCGCAAAGAAGUCUAAGAAGGAGGAGAGUGAACCUGCUCCUGCUACCCCGAAAGCUGCCCGCAAGAACGCCAAGGCCAGCUCUAAAGGAAAGAAGGUGGAAGAGGUAGCGGAAGAGUCCGAGGAUGAAGAUGUCGAUGUCGUCGUCUCUGAUGAGAGCGAAGUCGAUGGCGAGGAUGAAGGUGAAGACGACCAGACUGCCGCGCUCAUCAAGGGCUUCGAGAGCAGUGGGGACGAAGACGAGUCUGGCGACGAGGGGUACAAGCCCGGCCAGCCCGUCCCCAAGAUCCCAGACUCCAAGAAGACCCAGCGCAAGAUCCUCAAGAAGCAGAAGCAAAAGGAUACCCCCGAAGAGCCCGGCACUGUCUACAUCGGGUACGUGAUUACAUAUGUUUUGUUAUUUGCAAGCUCUAACCCAAUCCCCAGACGCAUUCCUCACGGUUUCUACGAGCACCAAAUGCGAGCUUACUUCACCCAAUUUGGCGAAAUCACCCGCCUCCGUCUCUCACGCAACCGUUUCACUGGCCGCUCGAAGCACUAUGCAUUUGUGGAGUUCGCAUCGACCACGGUCGCCAAGAUUGUCGCUGAAACCAUGGACAACUACCUGAUGUACAGCCACAUCCUCAAGUGCAAAUAUGUCCCGCAGGAGCAGCUGCAUCCCGAGGUCUGGAAGGGUGCCAACCGCCGAUUCAAGCGGACCCCGUGGAACCGCAUUGAGAAGAAGCGACUCGAGAAGGGAAAGACCCGCGAGCAGUGGUCGAAGCGGAUUGAACAGGAACAGCGCAAGAGACAGGCCAAAGCUAAUAAGCUCAAGGCUCUAGGCUACGAGGUCGAUCUGCCCCAGCUGAAGAGCGUGGAGGAUGUUCCCAUGCAGGAUGCUCCUCAGGCCAUUGAGGCUGCUGAGGCCACCCCUGAGGAACCCAAGGCCGCCGAGGAGCCUAAGGCCAUCGAGGCACCCGCACAGGAUGAUACCCCCAAGAAGUCUAAGAAGGAAAAGAAGGAGAAGGAGGGGAAGAAGAUGAAGAAGAGCAAGAAGGCGGAAGAGGAGACCCCGCAACAGGCUUCUUCUGACUCGCCGGCCACCAAGACCCAGAGCAAGGCCAAGAAGGGGGAGAAGUCCAAGGCUAAGGCUUAG